AUGAGAGGCCGGGGACGCCGACCACCCCCGCCCGGGCUUCUCGCCAGUCCCAGAGUUGCCGCCGCCGCUGCUGCUACUUGCUCUAAUGUGCUGGCGGCUCCGACGGCCAGGCUCCAGGGCAGAAGAUCCCAACCUGGGAGGUGGAACUCCAGCCGUCGCCGCCGCCGUGGGGAGGAGAGCCAUUAUCCAAAGGAAUCAGAACAGUUGAGAAAACUGUUUCUUGGUGGUCUGAGCUUUGAAACUACAGAUGAUAGCUUAAGAGAACAUUUUGAGAAAUGGGGCACACUUACAGUUUGUGUGGUGAUGAGAGACCCCCAAACAAAACGUUCCAGGGGCUUUGGUUUUGUUACUUACUCUUGUGUUGAAGAGGUGGAUGCAGCAAUGUGUGCUCGACCACACAAGGUUGAUGGGCAUGUAGUGGAACCAAAGACAGCUGUUUCCAAAGAGGAUUCUGUAAAGCCUGGUGCCCAUCUAACAGUGAAGAAAAUUUUUGUUGGUGGUAUUAGAGAAGAUACAGAAGAAUAUAAUUUGAGAGACUACUUUGAAAAGUAUGGCAAGAUUGAAACCAUAGAGGUUAUGGAAGACAGGCAGAGUAGAAAAAAGAGAGGAUUUGCUUUUGUAACUUUUGAUGAUCAUGAUACAGUUGAUAAAAUUGUUGUUCAAAAAUACCACACUCUUAAUGGGCAUAAUUGUAAAGUGAAAAAGGCCCUUUCUAAACAAGAAAUGCAAUCUGCUGGAUCACAAAGAGGUCAUGGAGGUGUAUCUGGCAACUUUAUGGGUCGUGGAGGAAACUUUGGAGGUGGUGGAGGUAACUUGGGCCGUGGUGGAAACUUUGGUGGAAGAGGAGGCUAUGGUGGUGGAGGUGGUGGCAGCAGAGGUAGUUAUGGAGGAGGUGAUGGUGGAUAUAAUGGAUUUGGAGGCAACGGUGGUAACUAUGGCGGUGGUCCUGGUUACAGUAGUAGAGGAGGCUAUGGUGGUGGUGGACCAGGAUAUGGAAACCAAGGUGGUGGAUAUGGUGGCGGUGGUAGAGGAUAUGAUGGUUACAAUGAAGGAGGAAAUUUUGGAGGUAACUAUGGGGGUGGUGGGAGCUAUAAUGAUUUUGGAAAUUAUAGUGGACAACAGCAAUCAAAUUAUGGACCCAUGAAGGGGGGCAGUUUUGGUGGAAGAAGCUCGGGAAGUCCCUAUGGUGGUGGUUGUGGAUCUGGUGGUGGAAGUGGUGGAUAUGGUAGCAGAAGGUUCUAAAAACUCAGAAGAAAAGGGCUACAGUUCUUAGCAGGGGAGAGAGCGAGGAGUUGUCAGGAAAGCUGCAGGUUACUUUGAGACAGUCGUCCCAAAUGCAUUAGAGGAACUGUAAAAAUCUGCCACAGAAGGAACGAUGAUCCUUAGUCAGAAAAGUUACUGCAGCUUAAACAGGAAACCCUUCUUGUUCAGGACUGUCAUAGCCACAGUUUGCAAAAAGUGCAGCUAUUGAUUAAUGCAAUGUAGUGUCAAUUACAUGUACAUUCCUGAGGUCUUUUAUC